AAUUUCAAUAUGCCCAGACAUCAAGAAUGACCCUGGCAAACGCUUGGAAGCCUUCUUAUGAGUAGAAACACGCUCGGUAGUCCACCAUUUGUCCUAAAAUGACCGUAAACUAUUGAAUUUUGCUAAGCAUGGAGCCAAUUGGUCCGCCUUCCAGGACGCCGAGCGAUGCGGGUAACGGACCUUUGCCGCUCCCUUCGCACCUGCUGCGCAAGCGGCCGCGGACGCAGUCCAACCCAGGAUUCGAUGGGCUUGGAGACGCCCUGGACGGCCUGCGGAGAUUUUCGCCGGGCUCAGGAAUGUCACCAGUCAGCGACCCGGACAUUGACUACAACUGCCAAUCAAACAAGCGCUACCUCAGCGAGGUCAUGGCCAGCAACCUGCACCGCCACAUGAGCAUCAGCAUGCGCCCCAGCUCCGGAUCACCGGGCGCCGCCGACGGCGACACACCCAACGCCACGCCGCCGCCGCCCGGGCUUGGGCCGUACUUCGGCGGCGGCGGCGGCGGCGCCUUCCCCUCCGGCCUGCCGCCGCCGGCCGGCGGCGGCAGCGGCGGCGGCGCGACCACGCCGCCGCUGCAGACGCCGGCGGGAGGCUGCAGCCCGCAGCGCACUGGCGCCGGCUCGGAGCGGUCUGCAUCCGUCAUGAGCGAGGGCGGGCUGGAGGGCGGCGGCGGCGGCGGCGGCGAUGCGGCUAUGGCAGUCACCAGCGAUGUGUCCGGCGGCGGCGGCGUUGGGUUCGGCAGGAUCUCUAGCGCUAUCGGCGCCGGCGAUUCAACCAGCGAGACGGCGGAGUCUGAGGCGGUGGCGCGGUCGCCGCUGGCUGCCGGCGGCGGCGGAUACGGCAGCGGGCCAGGGAGCAGUGGCAUCGCCAUCGCCAUCGCAGGGGCGGCGGGGAGCCCCGGCGGCUCGGCCGGGAGAGCGGAUGAUGGGGCCAUGGGUUGGCCUGACCCAAGCAGUGCCGGCGGCGGUGGCGGCGGCGGCGGCUUCGGCUCGCCGCUUGCCUCCACUGGCCUGCUUUUCAGCCGGCGGCUGUCAGAGGGUGUGGCGACGGGCGCGUUCAACACGCCCUUCCGCAGCCCGGUGGCGGCGGCGGCGCAAGCAGCCGCAGGGCCCAGCGGGGGGCUGCUGGGGAGCCCGGCGGCUUUGCAACAGCAGCUGCAGCAGCAGCAGCUGCAGAGCUACCAGGCGCGCGGGCUGCUGGCGGCGGCGGCGGCGGUGGCGACGCGCGGCGGCGGCCCGCUUGCCGACAUCAUCCCCAGCUCGCCCAGUGACGGCCGCUACGGCGGGCUGGACCUGCGGAAGACGGCGCUGCUGCGGUCGCUGUCGCGGCGGACGGAGGAGGCGGGCAGCGGCAUGGGGGCGGCGGGGGCAGGGGCGGGAAAUGGCGGCGAUGCGGCGGCCGUGGCUGCGGCGACGGCGGCGGCGGUGGCGGCGGGGGCCGCGGUUUGCGGGGUGGUAGGUGGCGGCGGCGGCGGCGGCCCGUCUCCACAGCAGCAGCAGCAGCAGCAAGUGCAGCAGCAGCAAGUGCAGCAGCAGCAAGUGCAGCGGCUGGGAUUCGGCGCUGGAUUCGGGCUGGGCCUGGGCUCGGGCUUCGGCCUGGGCUCGUCGGGGCCGGGCGCCGUGUGUUUGGAGCCCGUGCCAGAAGAGGGAGGUAUGGCGGCAGCGGCCAUGGCAGCGGCGGCGGCCGCCGCCACCUCCGGCAGCGGGGCGCUGGCGGCUGGGCUCGGCGGCAUGGCUGACGGCGGCGGCGGCGGCGGCGCCAUCGGCGGGAUAAGCAGCGCGGCGCUGCUGGGCAUGCUGCGUGCGACAGCGACCGGCGGCGUCGUUGGCCCCGGCAAUGGCGGCGGGUUGGCUGGCGGCGGGCUAGGCGGGACGAAUGGUGGCGGUGGAGGCCUGGGCCGGCCGCCCGUGUCUCGGUCCAACAGCGUCAUCUCUGACGGCAUGUCGGGCGGCGGCGGCGCCGCCGGCGGCACGGUGUCGGGCAGCGGCGGCAACGGCGGCGGCGGCGGCACCGCCAUGGAGACCAGCAGCACGUCGGCCGGCUGCGUGGGCGCGCUGGAGGUGGAUGGUCUGGAUGAGCAGGAGGGCAGCGGCGAGGCGCGCGGCCUGGCGGCGGCAGGGAUGACGGCAGGGGCUGGCUUCACGUUCACGGGCUUCGCGGGCUUCACUGGUGGCGGCGGCGGCGGAGGCGGCAUGGGCGCGAUGGCGAGGGCCGAGGGCCCCGCGGCUCAGGGCAGCGGUUGUGGCGGCAGCGGCGGCGCUUUGGGAGUUGGGGUUGGCGGCAUGGGCGGAUUCUUCAUGCCGGGAGUGGCUGCGCGAAGCGCGAGUCCGGUAGGAGACAUGGCGAGGCCGCGGCUGCCGCGAGAGGGCUCCUCCAAUGUCGCCGGCGCGGUGACGGCGGCCGUCGCCGACGGCGUCGCUGCUAUCGGGGCCGUUAGCAUGAUUGGCCCCAUCGCCGCCGCUGCUGCUGGGGCUGGAGAGGGUAACGGCGACAGCGGGCCGUUGUUGCGGCCGUCACACAGUUGCUCUAUGAGCUGCGAUGGCACGCCAGGGUCGGUGCCGCCGGCACUGCUGGCAGCGGCGCAGCCGACCGCGUUAGGGUUCGGGCCCGGGCAAGGGCCGGGGCAAGGGGCUGGGCCGGGGCCGGGGCUUUCGGCGUUUGGGCCACGGGGGCUUUGACGCCUGGGCGCCAGGGGUAGCAGGGCAGUGAAGAGGUAAGGAAAUGAGCGCUGUAGUUUGUGCGGGCUUGUACUAACCUGUUGGAGAGGCUGGGGCGAGAAACCAGAGUGCGCGAAGUGUCGUGUGGUAAAGUGUGUGCGAGCGAGCGCGAGCGUGUCUUAUUCCUGAGCACAGGCUUGGGCACGUGGUGGAGCCGCGUGAGUCCAGGCGCGCGCUCCUGACGUUUUGACUACUGGUUUACGACGUACGAUGGGCGUUGCUGUAUGAUUACAAUAACCACUGCGUGAUGUAAGCCUGGAACCAAGUGUUGGUCAACGGCUGGUCCUGGUACCGGUGCACCGUUUUUGCGCAAACUGUCACCGCAUAGUGAGAUAUUACAUUGCAUUUCAUCGCGUGCUUGUAUCGCCCGCCAUUUUUCUUCCGGGUGCUCGUCAGCAACCGUGCAUGUGUGCGUCGUGGAGUGCAUGGCGGCGGCGAGCGAGGGCGUUGUCGAGGGUGUGCCGUUGUGGUCAGGUGCCGCUGCGUGUAAACUGCCCGCAGCAGGGCUCGGAUAUGGAAGGGCGGCGUGCAGUCAUUGGCUGUUUGGAGAAAUGCUUGCUGGACGUGGGCAGAUGGGCUGCGCCCCUGUGUUGGAUUGUGAUGUGCAUCUGAGCUGGCGCCUGUGGACCGUGUUCGCGCGGGAUGGACGCACAGGCGACUGCUGGGGGCUGGCGCCUGGUGGCUUCGGACAAGGAGACGGCAGUUGGGGCAUGGCACUUGCAGUGCUCCGCAGUUCGCCAGUUUCUGCACUGCGGGGCCAACGCCUGUGCGUAAUAGGACCAUCUGGAAGUCCCAACGCAGUUUAAAGUUGGUCAGGCCACUCAAAGUGCCAAACUUGAAGCCAACGCUGGUGACAGGCUAGGGCGUAGACGGUGCAUACGCCUCAGUAGUCUUGGCCGGGUCAUGGUAACUACUGGGUAAGGGCUGCACGUGCAUGUGCGCGGGGGCACAACGCUGCAGCAGCAGGUGCAUCCAGAAAAUGGCUGA